CGUCCGCGAGCGGCGCCGCCCCUCCUCCUCCUCCGCACGGAGCAUUCGGGCUCCGUUCCCGGUUCUCUCCCGGUCAACGCCUGCUUCGCGGUCGUGAUUCUGUGGUGGUCGGAUACUGAUCGGAGGGUUGGUCGAUUGGGUCCCUGUAAUCUAGGGUUUUCCUGCGGGAGGAGUGCUGGACUGUGAGCUGUGCCGGCCGGCUCGGGGAGUCGGGGGAUACGGACUUGUUCUUUCUUCUUUUGGCCGGGGGACGGGCGGGCACCGCUAGGGCUUGGCCGCGGGUUCCGGCGGAGGGAUGGAGGCGAGGAUGAAGAAGUAUCGGCAGGUGAGCCCGGAGAGAGCGAAAGUGUGGACGGAGAAGUCGCCCAAGUAUUUUCAGAGCAGGAAGGUGCCCGUGGUUUACUAUCUCUGCAGGAAUCGCCAGCUCGAGCAUCCUCAUUUCAUCGAGGUGCCCGUCUCUUCCCCCGAAGGGCUCUACCUGCGAGAUGUGAUUGAUAGGCUGAAUGUUCUUCGAGGCAGAGGAAUGGCAUCCAUGUAUUCGUGGUCCUCUAAGAGAAGCUACAAAAAUGGUUUCGUUUGGCACGAUCUAUGUGAAGACGACUUGAUUCUUCCAUCUAAUGGACAUGAAUACGUCCUCAAAGGCUCGGAGCUCUUUGAUGAAUCUAAUUCAGAUCGUUUCAGUCCUGUCGCGAAUAUCGGCAUGAGGAAUUUAAAGCAAUUGCCAGCUCCACCGUCUUCUAGAAGUCAAGAUGAUUCAUCGUCAUCGUCAAGCAUGAAUGGAAAAGAAGCAAAACACUCCCAAGAGGAUGACCAUUCUUCUCCGGUUCAUCACACCGAUUCCACUGAUGUUUCCCCACAGUCAAGAAAUGGAAAAGGCUCCAGUUGGAAUGGGUCUUUGAGCUUGACGGAGUACAAGGUGUACAAGAACGAGGGGUUAGCUGAUGCAUCAACUCAGACUGAAGAAAAUGUAAGCAGAGAUAAAACCAGAGAAACUUGUACUAGAGGAGUCUCUACUGAUGAUGGCGCCACCGAACGUGAAUGCAAUGAUAGUUGCCAAACCAAGGCCUCAUGCGUGAAAGAGACCUCUGAGAUAUCUAGUGGUGCAGUUUCCCCUCCUCCGACAUCUUCUAGUGCUUCUUCAUCUGUUGGAAAGACCGAAACUCUGGAAUCAUUGAUUAGAUCUGAUGUUAGCAAGAUGAACAGCUUUAGAAUUCUUGAAGAGGAAGAGAUCCGAAUGCCGAACAAUGCAAGGCUCAAGGCUACCAACAUGUUGAUGCAAUUAAUCUCGUGUGGAUCAAUAUCAGUGAAAGAUAACAAUUUUGGCUUAAUCCCAACUUACAGGCCAAGAUUUUCUCAUUCAAAAUUUCCAUCUCCUUUGUUUUCUACAUCACUGAUGACGGGGGAGCUUGACUGCUUAUCAGAAAAUCCACGGUUGAUGGGCAUAAGGCUGGAAGACAAGGAGUAUUUCAGUGGGAGCUUGAUCGAGACAAAGUAUCUCCGGGAGGAUGGAGAUGUACUGAGCUCUCUGAAGCGUUCCUCUUCCUACAAUGCUGGCCGGUCUGGUAAGCAGUUAGAUUCGGCUGGGGAAAGUGAGAAUGGACGGUCAAAAUGCAUGCCCCUAUCAAUUAAAGCUUCAAUAGCUAGACAACCUCGAAGUGAGUCUAUGAGAUCCCCUCUCUCCGAUAAACCAAGAAUUUCUUCAGACAGAGCAGAUAGCUCCAGAGCAUUAUUUGCCAACUCAUCGAACGGUAGCAGUAGAAGAAUCACCGAGCCUUCCCCAGGGAACACACCAUUAAAGAGAGACUCCCUCCCGGAGGAUGAGAAAGUGAUAAAAAUCGAAGAAAGGCUUGCAUCAGGAGCUCGGGUUAUAAUCCAAUCUAAAGCACCUUCUCACAUUGAGGUUGGCAGCUGUUAAAGAGACUUACCAAUUAUCGAAAGGUAAGAUGCACUGUUUCCACAUUGUCUCUGCUUGUGUGUGAAGCAUGUGAAACUUUCGGAAAAGCUUCAUUUGAAUUUUGAAUGCUAACCCGAAAUGAGUUGGCGGGUCCUCUUGAUGAUACUGUACAUCUGGAAAGUUGAGAAAAAAUAGGAGAGAACAAAGGUUUCUUGUGUAUUGGGGGGACAAGUUCUGGUCAUGUUGAGCAAAUUUUUUUGGGUUCAGCUUUAUAGAAAGUGGGUUCUCUCUUUAUGGCAUUUCCUCAGUUACGGUGCUUCCACAGUGCUGCAUCACCUCCUAGGGACUGUUCCUCCCUGCAAAUCCAAUGAGAACAACUGUUUUGUCUUGAGACUCUUACACAACAAAAGCAAAUACAUCGUUUAAUGUUCUGUGCA